GGAUAUUUACCAUACUAUCUCCUUCAUGAAAUGCACCCAGUUUUGUUCUUUGGCCUAGCUAAAGCAACCUUUCUCAUAGAUGGUUUUCACCACAAUAUGUUCUUCACUAGAGUUAUGUGGGCCGUAGCAUAUAUGCUUGGCAGGUAUAAUUUCUUCAUUUUUUUUAUGCUGCAAUGUAAAUAA